UUGGAAAUAUGCGAGGCGGAUGAUUCUUGUGUGAGCAGCAGACACACCGUCGUGCGUCUUUACACUCGGAGAUCACCCAGCCCUGAUCUCCUCACCGCCUCUCUCUCUCUCUCUCUCUCUCUCUCUCUCUCUCUCUCCUUCCCCCUCUCUCUCUCUCUCUCUGUGUGUGUCUCUCUCUCUCCCUCUCUUGUUUGCCCCACAGCAGCUUCACCUGCGAAGCCACAGAGGUGGACAGCGGAGCUCCUCAGCGGACACUUUGCUGACCGAGAGACACAGGGACGGACCGACAGAUACCUCAGUGUACUUUUACCAUGGAGGAGAGCCCGGCAGAGUAACUUCAGGCUGCCCUACAGUAUCCACAGGCAGACUGUCAGAGAGGAGACCGAUCUUCACAAUGACCCGUUAAAUUCCUGCCGCCGAUGCUUUCUUUGGAGAGUGGAUUGACCAUCUCCUAACAGCAGAGGAGACGAGCAGAGGCCUUUAUUCGCUUAUUUCAGUCUUCAGAUGGACCGAGUGCCCUCGGCACUGGCCGCUAAGAUGCGCUGGAUCACGCUGGUGCUUGCCGGCUUGACUUUCUGGGGCAAAGUGACUAUUUGUAACUGUUUCGACUACGAGGAGCCAGACUAUGACUAUUAUGAAGAGGAGAGAGCGGAGACCAUUGACUACAAGGACCCAUGCAAAGCCGCUGUAUUUUGGGGCGACAUCGCUUUAGACGAGGAGGACCUGCGAAUGUUCCAGAUCGACAGGACAAUAGACCUCACGCAGCACACACACAUGCACGCACACUCCCGGCAGGGACACACAUCUGGUGGCCUGGAUGAACAUGAAAUUGCAAAGAAGAGAGGCUCGUUAUACCUACUGCUGGAGAGAAUACUGAGAUUUGGCUUCGACUAUCUCCCCAAGAACGUCAGUAAGGGAGCUGCCAGUCCCAAGAGCCAAACUGGGAAAGGUGGGAGGGCUGGGAACGUUGUGAAGAGCCGUAUUCCUCGAGCAGCCACAUCCCGAGCUGAGAGGAUAUGGCCUGGAGGAGUCAUUCCCUACGUCAUAGGAGGAAACUUCACUGGUAGUCAGAGGGCCAUGUUUAAGCAGGCCAUGCGUCACUGGGAGAAACAGACGUGCGUAACUUUCAUUGAGAAGACAGAUGAGGAAAGCUACAUAGUGUUCACCUACAGACCCUGCGGGUGUUGUUCCUAUGUGGGUCGUCGCGGCAACGGGCCCCAGGCUAUCUCCAUAGGCAAGAACUGUGACAAGUUUGGCAUCGUGGUGCACGAACUGGGCCACGUUAUUGGCUUCUGGCAUGAACACACACGGCCUGACCGUGACGAUCAUGUGACCAUCAUCCGGGAUAACAUCCAACCAGGCCAGGAGUAUAACUUCCUCAAGAUGGAGCCAGGGGAGGUCAACUCUCUCGGGGAGCCAUAUGAUUUUGAUAGCAUCAUGCACUAUGCCAGGAACACCUUCUCACGGGGCAUGUUCCUUGACACCAUCCUUCCAUCCAGAGAUGAAAACGGGGUCCGGCCUGCUAUUGGCCAGCGGACCAGGCUCAGUAAAGGAGACAUCGCACAGGCAAGGAAGCUGUAUAGAUGUCCAGCAUGUGGAGAGACGCUCCAAGAGUCAACGGGCAACUUCUCGUCUCCUGGUUACCCCAAUGGAUACCCCUCAUACACUCACUGUGUCUGGAGAAUAUCUGUUACACCCGGAGAAAAGAUUGUUCUCAACUUCACCACCAUGGACCUGUAUAAGAGCAGUCUGUGCUGGUAUGACUACAUCGAGGUUCGGGACGGAUACUGGAGGAAAGCUCCACUGCUCGGCAGGUUUUGUGGAGAUAAAGUUCCUGACGUCUUGAUUUCCACUGAUAGCAGAAUGUGGAUUGAGUUCCGCAGCAGCAGCAACUGGGUGGGAAAGGGCUUUGCUGCCAUUUACGAAGCGAUCUGUGGGGGGGAGAUCACCAAGGACUCUGGACAGAUUCAGUCUCCCAACUACCCUGAUGACUACAGACCCUCCAAAGAGUGUGUGUGGAGGAUCACUGUGUCAGAGGGCUACAACGUUGGGCUCAGCUUCCAGGCUUUUGAGAUCGAGAGGCACGACAGCUGUGCGUACGACUACCUGGAGGUGCGGGAUGGCCCUCUGGAGACGAGCCCCCUGAUUGGUCGCUUCUGCGGCUACGACAAACCUGAGGAUGUGCGCUCUACGUCACACACACUCUGGAUGAAGUUUGUCUCAGACGGGACGGUGAACAAGGCCGGCUUUGCUGCUAACUUUUUCAAAGAGGAGGAUGAGUGUGCCAAGCCAGACAAUGGUGGAUGUGAACAGAGGUGUGUAAACACUCUCGGCAGCUUCAAGUGUGCCUGUGACCCAGGCUAUGAACUGGCUCCUGACAAGAAGAGCUGUGAAGCGGCAUGCGGCGGUCUUCUCUCUAAGUUAAAUGGGACCAUCAGCACUCCUGGUUGGCCUAAAGAGUAUCCACCAAACAAGAACUGUGUGUGGCAGGUGGUCGCUCCCACUCAGUACCGCAUCUCCAUGCAGUUUGAGGCCUUUGAGCUGGAAGGAAACGAGGUAUGUAAAUACGACUAUGUGGAGGUGCGGAGUGGCCUCUCAUCCGACUCGAAGCUGCAUGGUAAAUACUGUGGCACGGAGGUCCCUGAGGUCAUCACCUCUCAAUACAACAACAUGAGAAUUGAGUUCAAGUCUGACAAUACCGUCUCCAAGAAAGGCUUCAAGGCUCACUUCUUCUCAGACAAAGAUGAAUGCAGCAAGGACAACGGCGGCUGCCAGCACGAGUGCAUCAACACAGUGGGCUCUUACGUUUGUCAGUGCCGCCAUGGCUUUGUACUGCAUGAGAACAAACAUGACUGUAAGGAAGCUGAGUGUGAGCAUAAGAUCCACAGCCCCACUGGGACCCUGAGCAGCCCUAACUGGCCAGACAAGUAUCCCAGCCGUAAGGAGUGCACCUGGGACAUCACAGCCACACCAGGGCACCGAGUCAAGAUUACCUUCAAUGAGUUUGAGAUCGAGCAGCAUCAGGAGUGUGCAUACGACCAUCUGGAGGCCUUCGAUGGGGACAGUGACACGGCAGCCAUCUUGGGUCGACUGUGUGGCAGUAAAAUCCCUGAGCCGCUGGUCUCCACUGGAAACAAGAUGUACCUCCGCUUUAUCUCUGACGCCUCAGUGCAAAGGAAGGGCUUCCAGGCCACACACUCCACAGAGUGCGGAGGUCGUCUGAAAGCAGAGGCUCGUCAGAAAAACCUCUACUCCCACUCCCAGUUUGGAGACAACAAUUACCCAGGUCACACUGACUGUGACUGGCUGCUGACAGCUGAGCAGGGCUAUGGCAUCGAGUUGACUUUCAUCACAUUUGAGGUAGAGGAGGAGGCAGACUGUGGUUACGACUACAUUGAGCUGUACAAUGGGUACGACGCUAACUCACAUCGACUCGGCCGCUUCUGUGGUUCAGGGCCAAGGGAGGGGAUUUACUCACCCGGAGACGCCAUGCUGAUCCGUUUCCAUAGCGACGACACAAUCAGCAAGAAGGGCUUCCACAUCCGCUACACAAGCACCAAGUUCCAGGAGAGCCUUCACACCAGGAAAUGACCUCACAAUUGCAGCCCUGUGACCUCUGACCUCUAAGCAGCCCCGCCACUGUUACCCUGACCUUCACCACGGCAACGAGAAAAGUACAGCCUGUCCCCUCUCUUCUCGGACCCAGAGACAGAUGUGGAACGCUCGCCAGCCACGGGAGAGGGAGACAGUACUUUGAUGAACAUUCAUCUCCCUCCGUGGCUCCACACAGGUCAUCACGCUCUGAGAUGAGACAGGAAAAACAACGAGAUACUGACACGAGAUUCAGCAAACGUGAGGAAAUGUGCUGACGACUGAGUGAGCCAUUUUUGCGGAGGAGAUGGUUCUCAUUACUGCACAUCAAGCUACCCUUGCUCAUUGUGGAAAGAAGGUCGCAGACGAUCAGUUUACCGAGAUACUCAUGGUUGCACAACAGAAGACUACAAACACACACACACACACACACACACACACUAGAUUCAUAUUCAGAAUUCUAAACUGUGGAUGCUGUACAGACUAAGGACCCACAAGAAAAUGCAUCCAGGAGUCUUUACUGGCUCCUUAAUCCUUGAACUGUGCGACUUACUGUGAUCAGACGGCUGCUUAUCACCCACAGUAACCGAGAGGAAACACUAAACAGACAUUUUUAUUGCCUUUGAUGCCUGGGAACUGGUCUCUUUAACCCAGCUCAGAACGGCUGCAGAUGAUUUUAUUUCAUGUCUUAUUGUGAAACCCAUUGUGUUUACUGUAUGUGUGUGUAUGUGUGUGUGUGUGUGUGUGUGUACAGAGAAAAGAACAAACAAAAGGCUGAAAUCCGUCCUUUGCCCUUUUUGCUUAAAGCUUAUGCAGACGACCAACGUGGAAUGGAAAAAAAUAAAAAAAUGCAAAUGGAGACUUUCCAUAUGAUCUACGAUGUUAAUGUUAAGCCUUGCAUUAUGUUGUGUGUGUCUGUGUGUGUGUGUGUGUGUACAUGCUGUUUUGAGUUUCCACCAUCAUGUAACAAACCAAGCUACGUCCAUGGAUGUUUCCAGUUUCCUCUUCAACCCCCCAGUAAUCAUGAGAUUUUUUUUUCAGUGGAUAUAGGAAGGGAAUAUUUUUCACAGCUGUCUCUCAGAGUGACACAAUUCUGAUUGAAGGAGAGAUUCCCAUGGUGCUAAAAUAAAAAAUAAAAAUACACUGAAUGACUGAAUGAAGGUUUUCAAAUGGAGACACAGUCAGCGUGCACACAGCACACUGCAUCAACAGCACUAGUCCUGUGGAACUACAAUAUUGCCUUAGAACCAAAUGUAUGCUAUCGGAGGUUGCUCCUAUGCUCUUGCACAGGUGUCUUGUGCCAGCGGAGCGUUUUCGAAGGUUUUUUGGCAGCAUAUGUCAUUUGUUUGAAGAUCUUGAAUGGUUUUAUUGUGAAAAGAAAAAACAAAAAAACAUGGGAAAUGUAGUCUGUGUGAGAUAGUGUCUACGGUGCAUGUGUGUUUGUGUCAUUUUUGUAGCUGCUCUCAGAGAUACAUACACACAUGCUUGCACAAUCCACAAACACACACACACACACACUCAAAAAAAAGAAAAAAAAAAACUAAUUUUUGUGCAUUUUCCCCAAUCAGUAUCCGAACACACACUUCCCCUCUGUAAAUUUGGAGCGUGAAGAGCAAUUUCCUGUAAAGUUGAAUGAGCAUCGGGUGCAUACAGGCUGCAUCGUUUUACUGUGUUAAAUGCAUUAUGUGUAAGUGUGUGUUAUAGGAGAUUAUAGAGAAAUAAUGUGUGUGUAUGUCUGUAAGCUGCAUGUUUUUAAGUUGAAUCAUUCACUGCUGUAUGUGCCAAGCUCCAGGUGACCCCGAUCCACUGUAGUUUUUGUUUCAUCAUUCCACCUCUGUGUCUGUAGUUCAGAGACACUGACAAGACGUCCUCUGCAUCAGUCAUUAAAAUACACACAGGUUAAAAACUA